CCGUAUUAAUUCCUGCGGACUCUCCGUUGUCCGACGUCUCCCGCGGCUUAAAAACUUACCAAGUUCCGAUAAAAAGCACAACCAUGACGACCUUACCGUUAGCAGUUAGCCCCACUCACUCCUCCACCACCGCCACCUCCGUCACGGCCACCACCGCACUACAAAAACUCUUCAAGCCGCUCGUCUUCUCCUCGUUAUCCUUAUCACAUCCACAAUGUCCACUCCUCCCCCGACAACAAUCCCUACCUCUUCCCCUCGCCAGCCCUGCCGCCGCUGGCACGGCGCCAAGCCCGUCCCUCUCGCCGUCUCCCUCGUCGUCGGCCUCAUCUUCCGCUUCGCCGUCCCGAAGCCCGCCCACCUCUCCAAGCAAGCCUGGCAGCUCCUGGCCAUCUUCCUCGCCACCAUCACCGGCCUCAUUCUCGGCCCCCUACCGGUCGGCGCGUGGGCGUUUGUCUGCCUCAUGCUCUCCGUUCUCACCAAGACCCUAACUCUAUCCGCCGCCUUCGCCGCCUUCACCAACGACGUGAUUUGGCUGAUCGUCGUGUCGUUCUUCUUCUCCCGCGGCUUGGUCAAGACGGGGCUCGGCGACAGGGUUGCGCUCUACUUUGUGAAGCUGCUCGGGAAGAGCACCCUGGGCUUGGCUUAUGGGCUGGCGUUGUGCGAACUGCUUAUUUCGCCGGCUGUUCCCAGCACCACCGCCCGAGCCGGCGGCAUUUUCUUGCCGAUUAUCAAGUCGCUGUCGUUAGCAGCCGAUAGCCGCCCCAGCCACGACUCGGCCAAGAAGCUCGGCGCUUUCCUUAUCCAGUCCCAACUUCAGUGCAGCUGUAAUUCAAGUGCUCUUUUCCUCACUGCUGCAGCUCAAAACCUGCUCUGUGUCAAAUUAGCUCAGAGUCUGGGGGUUAAAAUUGCAAAUCCAUGGGUUACUUGGUUCAAAGCUUCAUGUUUACCUGCACUAAUCUCUCUUUCGGUAAUACCAGUUAUCCUAUUCAAGCUGUAUCCCCCUGAGAUUAAGGAGACACCAGAUGCUCCUGCCAUGGCCUCACAGAAACUGGCGCAGAUGGGUCCUGUCUCGAAGGUCGAGUGGGCUAUGGUCGCUACCAUGCUUGUUACAGUUGCAUUGUGGAUUUCUGGAAAGGCUCUUGGUAUAGCAAGUGUUGUUUCUGCAAUGCUGGGAUUGUCAGUACUUCUUUUGUUGGGAGUGCUUCACUGGGAUGAUUGCUUGAGUGAAAAGACAGCGUGGGAUACAUUGGUUUGGUUUGCGGUCCUAAUUGGCAUGGCAGGACAACUGACAGCCCUCGGUGUUGUGCCUUGGAUAUCCGAUGGUGUGGCAAAAUUCCUUAAAUCUCUCUCGGUGGGUUGGCCAGCUGCUCUUUUUAUCCUUCAGGCUGCAUAUUUCUUCAUUCACUAUCUAUUUGCAAGUCAAACUGCCCAUGUCGGUGCUUUGUACUCUGCAUUUCUUGCAAUGCACCUGGCGUCGAAAGUCCCUGGUUUAUUAGCAGCGCUAGCAUUGGCCUACAAUACUAACUUAUUUGGUGCACUAACACAUUAUAGCAGUGGCCAGGCCGCAGUAUAUUAUGGAGGUGGUUUUGUAAAGCUUCGUGCUGUUUUUCGAGUGGGAAUUUUGAUGGCCCUAAUUAACGUAGUUAUUUGGAUUUUAGUUGGAACUCCCUGGUGGAAGAUUUUAGGGCUUUACUAAUAAUGUUGGACUCCACAACCGAAAGACCCAAAUAUUUUGAAUUGACAAAUGAUAAUCGUAUUGUAAACUAUGAACUAAAAAGGAAUUACAACAUUGUUAAUUAUAGCUAGUCUUGGAUAAAAAAAUUUGAAGUGAGCAAAUAUUAAAUAAUAAUAAUUUGUUUUUUUUGAAACGAGAGAUAUUUUAAUAUGUAACUUUUGAUAAAUAAAAAUUAA